AUGGAUCGUAGAUGGCGGCAAGCUCAGGUUAUACGACACCUGAUGAGGUUUCAGACCAAGUACACGUGCAACAUUAUGAACAAGGCCCGCCACAGUGCCUUUGGACGUGAAGCUGCAAAAAUGGUCCUCGAGUUAUCCUCCGAGAAUCUGAGAAGAAAUGAGCAUGAUAUGGAAAAAUUUGUGUGGUCUAAUCACAACCUCUGGGUCCCUCGGCAGUUGUUGAGCAUUCACGUCAGGAUGGGAGACAAGGCGUGUGAGAUGACCUUUUCGGAUUUGAAGAAUAAUGCGUUUGGCGAACAAAGUCCGGGCGUGCUUCUCGCACUUCAAGAAUGUGUGGCUUUCUAUGCAGUUCAUCAGGAUGCGAUGGAUAGAUCUAAAUCCUACGAGUGGCACCAGAAAUUUUACUACACAAACGUGAGGCGACAAACGAGGAACAUGUUGAUGGCAGCUUACGAAUCGAGCCUUGGUCAAGAGACGAGCAGUAAUUACCCACUUGUGAACUUCUUGAUGGCGACAAAGGCCUAUUUCUUCAUAGGAGCAUUGGGUUCGACGUGGUGCUUAUUGAUAGACGGGAUGAGAAGCACGGUGGGAAAGUCAUGUCUGAUUACUUGA